AUGAUAAGUUAAUUUAUAAAUAUUGAUAACAUAAUUUUAAUUGACAAAAAAGAAAUGUUUGUCGACUUAUGGUUAAAUUUCUGUUGCGCGAGAAGACCUAAACAAGAAGCCCAAGAUCAGCCUAUAAGUGUGAAAGAGGAUUCUAAUAAACCAUUAUUAGACACAGGAUAAGUGUAUGUACCAUCACCUGUUGAGUAGAAAGCUUUGCAAUCAACAUCUUAAGAGUUACGGCAGAAGUUAUAAGAAGCUUAAGAGAAACUGCAACAAUAAUAAUAAAUAUAAUAGCAAAAUCAUUUUUAGAGUAUAAUAAAUAAAGGAGCAGUAAAGACAUCAAUAGAAAUGGAAGGUAUAUUGACAAUUACUAUUAAGAGUGGAACCUGUUGAAGGAUUUCUGUCAUUAUCUGAUAAUAAAUCCAAUAAGAUGGCUAGUUGGGAAGCAUUAGAACUCUCAAGAUAAAAUGAUGUUUUAGGAUAACUAGCAUAGUUCUCUAUCUUAGCUAAGUCAAUAUCUUCUAAUAAUGGUCCAUAUUAAGGUAGUAAUCCAGGUAGUCAACCAUCAUCUGAUUAGUAAAUUAUGUCUGGACCAUACCAAUAGUAAAAUAUCAUUUCGAAAAAAUUAGGUAAAAUAUUCAAAAUCUUGCUCAAACUACAUAACUGGAGGUUAUAGAUGAGUACCCAAAAAAAUCAAUGAUUAAGUAAGAAAUCUAUAUUUAUCCUUAGAUCAUAAAGCUAAAUAUCAUUAGAGACCGGGAAAAUUGAGAAAAAACGAAUCCAAAAAGAUAAAAAACAAUUCAAAGAUAAAGCUAAUAAAGGAUCAAAUAAUGAAAACACUAUAAGAAAAGAAGUCACUCAUGCUAAACUUUGGGAUAAGAAUGAAGAUGCGAUACUAAGAUAAGCUUAUAUUAAUUUUAAUGGAAAUUGGAGAAAAAUAGCAGAAUAAUUACCAGGAAGAAAUAUGAAUUAAUGUUCAUAAAGAUGGAGAAGAUUAAAUCCAUAAGAAGUAUAAUUUAUAAACUAAUUUAAAGGAUAAUAAAAAAAAAUGGUCUUUCGAUGAUGAUUAAAAAAUUAAAUAACUUGUCUAAAAAUAUGAUAAAAAUUGGGCUGAAAUAGCAAAACAUUUACCAGGUAAAAGUGGAAAACAAAUAAGGGAAAGAUAUCUCAAUAAAUUAGAUCCAACAAUUAAUUCAUCACCUUGGACAAAAGAAGAAGAUGAUAUUAUUUUAAAGGUUUAUAAAGAGCAUGGUGCAAAAUGGAGUAUCGCUUCAAAAUAAUUGAAAGGAAGGCCAGUAACAUAUUUUUGAAAAAUAAAUUAGGAAAAUACUGUUAAAAACAGAUUCUAUUCUUAUAUAAGAAGAGUGUUUUUAGGUCAGUAGAAUCCGUAUUCAGUGGUUUUAAAUAAUGGUGAUAAUAAUGGUCAUGAUAAUACAUUGUCCUAAGAUAGUGAAUCUAUUAAAUAAGCUUUGUCAAUGGACUAAACUCCUUCAGUAUUAUACAUUUAAUUAUAUUUAGUUCACUGCUUCUUCCUAUUUAAGUUCUUUAAUGGAUGAUGACUAUAUUGAAGACGAAGAUGAACCAAAUGAAUAAGAAGAUCAGUUUAAAAUUUGAUAUUAUUUUUA